AUGUACCUUGAAAGCAACAGUGCCGAUCGCCUAAGCAAGCAAAGAUCUAACAACACUAACCUAGAGAUUGUAUACUUCUAAGGGCAGUUCCGAUAAAGCUAUUACCUAGGUUAGUCAAGUAUAACAGUCCAUUAACCUUAGACUAUAACAAGUACAUCCUAAGUUUUAUCAUAAAUGCACAAGUGAACAACUCCCAUCAAAACAACACUGCUAAUCCGGGAUUGCAGACCUUCAUGGUGCUACGGUGUUGAAUCACAUUGAUUAUAACGUACAAAGAACCCACAUGUCUUAUCCACACUGUGACAAUUGUGGAAAUUAGAAUUACGCUAAACCACAAAAUCACACAUCAUUCAAGAAUAUCACCAAAAUCAGGCGCACCAAGGGCCGAUCUUGUUGGCAAGCUACCACAAAAUGAAGAAAUUCGAGCGCCAGGCUCAGUCGCAGAGGAAACACGGCCCCCUCGUGGCCAGCAGUGUGUCGAAAGCGCCUCCCCCUCCACCAAGGAGCCGGCCAGGAUGGACAGGGCCGGGAUACGUGAAGAAAGUGGCCCGGAAACAUGACCUCUCUUCCGCAUCGCCGGCUUCGGCGCCGAGCAUUCAGGAUCAGCUUCUAUCCCUCGAGCUGCACCAGCUUAUGCUCAAUGUUAUUCAGGAUACGUUUCCCGCAUCCCAUGAUUACGAGGCGUUGAAACCAGUAUUGUCCCACGUCAACAAUGCUUUACUCCGGAAAGACUUCGAGACAGCUUUUGGGGCAGACACGUUUCUGGAGGCUUAUGCUGUUCGUUGGAGCCCCAGUCGGGCGUUGGCGUAUUCAAACCUACUAGCACAGGUAUGCGAGCAGACAGCGGAUGGUUCGUGGGUGCGACGGUGGACCGGGCUUGGAGGAACGACGUCAGCAAAAGUGUUGUGUUUCGGAGGGGGCGCGGCGGAAAUCGUGGCUUUUGCUGGAUUGUUGCGUCAUGAAAAGAAAAGCUCAGCUGGCAGAGCAAGUGCUUCACCAGCAGCCCAGCUUGAACAAGUCACAGAUUCUCCGCCUCACGGCGCCUAUCUAGACGUGCACCUGGUUGACGCAGCAGACUGGUCCACGGUCGUCUCCAAGUUGCAGGUUGGGUUGACAACUCCCCCAAAUCUUUCAAAGUACGCGAGUGCCGCUGCCCGCGCCUCGAAUGCAGCUUUCCUCUCGCUACAGGCCUUGCAGCCAAAUUUUACCAGAGCCGAUGUUUUUGUUCUCACCUUAGAGGAUUUGCGGUCUCUGGUUGGAUCUGAAGUCCCUUUCAUCACUCUAUUUUUCACUUUGAACGAUCUUUAUACCGUUUCAAUUCGGAACACCACGGCUUUCCUGCGGAGACUGACCAUUGCUGUACCGAAGGGGAGUCUGUUAUUGGUGGUUGACCAUCCAGAGGCAGCAUCCUCGGCUGGUAGCGCCCAGGAGGGAGAUGAGAAGGGGGACAAGAAUAAGGAAUACCCCAUGAGUUGGCUCUUGAAUAAGGCGCUGUUGCCGACCAUGGAAAAGGUCGAAGAUGGCCAGGAGAGGCUGCAGCCUCUGUGGAAGACGCUUAUUCAUGAUGCAAACAGGCUGUACAAGCUUCCCGACAAAGCACUAAAUUACCCAGUCAGUCUUGAAAACCUGAAACUUCAGGUGCAUUUAUUCGAGCGUCUGUAAUGGAUCGAGUUAAACAUUUCAAUAUCAUUUACCGGCAUCGAUAUAGACGUUA